ACCACAAAAAGCCACCGUCGGCUCUGACCAUCUAUGACUAUGGCAGAAUUUCAUCCCAUUUACCAUUUCAGGAACCAAAUUAAACCAGAUGGCAUUUUAGUCAUUCUAAUUACCUUCCAAUUCAUUUAUCAUCCCAUGUAUAAUAUUUAGUCAAGACACAAAUUUUUCUCUCGAUUUUGAGGGAAUCUCUCUUUGCUUCCUACAAAAAAUCUAAGCAUGUUUUAGUGUUAGUUGUAAGGAAAUAAAAGAUUGUCUCUACCAAAUUCCAAUGCCCAUGUCUUUUGUUUCCGUUGCCACAUUGUCUUAAAACAAACAAUUUCAAAGCUCUUCACUUCCCUGUAGAUUUCUCAUUAGUUAGUGGGUUUUGUUUCUGGAUUCAAUUGGGUGUCUUUUUUGGGCUGAUGGGUCCUGUAAGAGGGUCAAAGAAAAGAAGGAAGAUAGAGAAGAAGCCUGAAGAAAAUGCUUCUGCUUCUGGUUCUCCAGCGAAGGAACGAUCUGUUGAUUGGUGGAAUGAGCUUUCCAAGAGGAUGAAUGGUCUUCAAUCCCCAUCUAAAGGUCUCGAUAAGUUCAAAUCUGUUUUCAAAAUUUCCAGAAGAACCUUCAACUACAUAUGUUCACUUGUAAAAGAAGAUAUGAUGGCUAAGCCAGGAAGUUAUACAUUUUCAAAUGGUAAACCUAUGUCUUUUGAAGAUCAAGUAGCUGUAGCUUUGAGAAGGCUAAGCUCUGGUGAAUCACUAGUGGCAGUUGGUGAUUUGUUUGGGCUGCACCACUCAACUGUCUCACAAUUGACCUGGCGCUUUGUGGAGGCCAUGGAAGAAAGGGGUCUUCACCACCUGCAAUGGCCUUCCACUGAAGCAGAAAUGACAGAAAUAAAGUCCAAAUUUGAAAAGAUUCAAGGUCUUCCUAAUUGCUGUGGUGUGAUUGACACUACUCAUGUUAUGAUGUGUUUGCCUUCAUCAGACCCUACAAGUAAAGUGUGGCUUGAUCAUGAGAAGAACCACAGCAUGGUCUUGCAGGCAAUUGUGGACCCUGAAAUGAGGUUCAGGGACAUAGUCACUGGGUGGUCAGGUAAACUUGAAGACUGGUUGGUUUUUCAGAGUUCAAAUUUCUGUAAACUGUGUGAUAAAGGAGAGAGAUUGAAUGGGAAAAAACUUGAGCUCUCUGAAGGAUCAGAAAUAAGGGAAUACAUAAUAGGGGAUUUAGGCUUUCCUUUAUUACCUUAUCUUGUUAUACCUUACGAGGGGAAAGAACUACCGGAAUUAAGGGCCGAGUUCAAUAAAAGGCUUUCUGCAACUCGUCUGGUGGCACACAGAGCAUUGGCAAGGCUCAAGGAAAUGUGGAAGAUCAUCCAAGGGGUAAUGUGGAGACCUGACAAACAUAAGUUACCAAGGAUCAUCCUGGUUUGCUGCUUGCUUCAUAACAUUGUUAUUGACUUGGAAGAUGACGUCCAGGAUGAAAUGCCUUUGUCCCAUGACCAUGAUUCAGGUUACCAUCAAAGGAUUUGUAGAUCUGUUGACGUCAAGGGUGUAAACCUCAGAGAUAAUCUGUGUCUCUACUUGUCAGGGAAAUUGCCACCAUAACUAUUUUCCAUUUCUGAUUCCUGAUUGGUAGUUUUCUUCACAUACAAAAGGUUUAUAUAGGAUCAUAUCAUUGAAGUUGGUUUUCUUUGCUUGAUUUAAAAUUGUAAAAGUUAACAUAAGCAUUGCAUUUUUAUACAAUUCUCCUCAAAUUAUAAAGUGAUGCUUGAGACAUCAUGGGAGAAACGUAGAUUUUUUCCAUCGUUCAUACCAUGUCCAGAGGUGAUUGGACGCUGUGUCCUGUUUCUCCUCCGGUGUUCAGUAUCUGUAAACCACUCUUACCAGAUGAUGAUGACUGAUCCUGAUGAGAUACCUUUGGCUGUAGGCUGGCUAGCUCGCUCUCUCCUUCUAUCCUGAUGUAAAGUCUCAUUUUUUUUUUUUUUGGUCUCAGGUUCCCAUUAGAAAACCCUUUUUUUAAUUUAUCCAAAGAAAGGAAAAACCAAUCGCCUUAAUCUCAUUACUUGCCAUCUUGGAUCGAUCCAU